AAGAGGGAGAGGGAGAGGGAGAGGGAGAGGGAGAGGGAGUUGGUCUCACGUUGUGGGGAAGAAGGCUGUACUGUUGGGAGAGAGAUCUCCCUUCCUUGUUCAAAUCAGCAGCUUAAAGUAAAAAUCUUUGAUAACUCUGUUAUCAAGCACACCGCAGCAGCAGAUGGAUGAUCUGAAACGCCACGAUGAAGAAGAUAGUUGGUCCAUGACUUCCUCUACUGCUGCGUCCGUAAGAACCAUCAAAUCCAAACUUACUGUCCCGGUAGCUCCAUCCUUUAGAUCUGCUGAACGCGUAGCAAGACGUAAGGAGUUUUACGAGAAGUUGGACGAGAAACACAAAGCUUUGGAAGCAGAGAAACAAGAAUGUGCUGCCAGGACCAAGGAAGAGGAGGAAGCAGCUAUUAAGCAGCUUCGUAAGAACAUGGCCUAUAAAGCAAAUCCAGUUCCUAGCUUUUACCAUGAAGGGCCGCCUCCAAAGGUUGAACUUAAGAAGCUGCCUGUGACUCGAGCCAAAUCACCAAACUUUACGCGGAGAAAUAGCACUGGUGAUGCUGUUACUUCCCAAGAAGAGAAAAAAGAUUCGGUCAGGGCCACCCGCCACAGCAUUGGUGCCUACAGAGAAUAUAACACAACGCAUUCCAGUCCCAAGAAGAAGGACCAGAUAAGCGGGCGAGUUAAUAUUAAUGGAAAUAACAGAGUGAAGGCGACUGGCAAGUCGUCAGUCAAGGGAACAAAGAAAACAUCAACUAACGAGUCAAAAGAAAUCCGGGUGAAGGAGAUAAAGGACGCUCUGGCGAACGAGACUAAGGAAACUCCCCCGGUGAAAGAGAUUAACGAUAGUCCUGUGAAGGAGAUUAAGGAAACUUCUCAUAAUACUAUGACAGAUCAGCCAAGAGCAGACAUUGCAGUUCAGUGAUGAAUCAAUUAGCCUUGUUUUUUGUUUUCUUUUUCCCUCAUAUGUAUCGAGAAAAUUUCCAGAAUUUCCUCGUCAAUUCAGAUGCUCAAUGUUAACUUGCUGAUUUCUUUUCUGGUCAGAAGCGACUCGUUGAACUGAUGUUUAAUCUGAGUUGUAUAUUCUCUGUAAUAUAUAUAUUAUAUUAUAUGUAAUACACAUGUAAUGUGCUACAUGGAAGAGAGCCCUGGACUACAUGGUUAUAAAUAUGCUCUUAAGACUCUCCUCUGCAGUUCAGCAUAGCUGUGUAAUGCUUUUAACUUUUAACAUUCAUUUUCCUUUGAUGUGAACAUUUUUAUCAA